CCCUAGCCGUUCUCCGUGUGGUUCUGGACCCGCCCUCGUUCCCCACUUCCUUCUGCACGUGACUCCGGCCCGCCCCCCCUCUUCUGGUCCCCGGUGUGUGGAGAUGGCGGAGAUGUCGGUGGAGGAGAUCGGUGUGGGGUGUAUCGGGGCCGGGAAGAUGGCGCGUGGGGUGCUGGGUGGACUCCUGAUCACCGGUAAGGUGCCUGCAAAGAAUAUCACAGUGAGCGCUCCGACCGACACCAACCUGCAGUAUUUCCGGGAUCGCGGCUGCAGCACCACUCAUACCAACUCCGACGUGGUGUCCAAGUGCCGCGUGAUCUUCCUGGCCACCAAGCCGCACAUUAUUCCCACCGUCCUGGAGGAGGUGUCGUCUGCGUUCACACCGGAUCACGUGAUCAUUUCCAUGGCCGCCGGCGUGUCUCUGCAGACCCUGGAGAAGCUCUCUCCCAGCGGGACCAAGUUCCUCCGGAUGAGUCCUAACCUGCCGUGUUUGGUCCAGGAGGGGGCCGUGGUCUUCGCCCGCGGUUCCUGUGCGGGGCCGGGGGAGGCGGACAUGUUGAAGAACCUUCUGUCUGACUGUGGGUUGUGUGAGGAGACUCCGGAGACCUACAUCGAUAUCCACACGGGGCUCAGCGGCAGCGGGGUGGCCUAUGUUUACCUGUUUGCGGAAGCUCUGGCGGAUGGCGCUGUGAAGAUGGGGAUGCCCAGUGCCUUGUCCAGCCGCAUUGCAGCCCAGACUCUGCUGGGGGCAGCGAAGAUGAUUCUACAAAGUGGGGAACACCCCGCAAAGCUGCGCUCUGAUGUCUGCACCCCCGGAGGCACCACCAUACACGGACUCCAUGAACUGGAGAAGGGGGCCCUGAGGGCCACAGUAAUGAAUGCUGUGGAAGCUGCAACAAAUCGAGCCAGAGAUCUGGACAAGCGCUAACAGCUCCACACAUUCAUUGAGAGAAUUCAACGAGAGAGAUCCUUCCAACUCGUCAUCGGCUUCCCCACUGUGACUAGACAAUGGAUGGGGCUGUAAUGUAUUACAAUACCUGCAGAGCAAGAACAGCAAUUUGUACCUCGGGGGAGGAGCUACCACUCCCAUAUCGGAGACAAGCAAUCCCAGGAGGACCAAACUAGAACUUUUCUGAUUCUAAAAACAGAAAUAUACAUUGCAGCUCCUCGCUGUCCCCCUGUGUGGUUCUACUCUCAUCUCUGGGAGUUCUGUCAGUGGAACACAAAUAGCGAUAAAUAAAUUGCAAGCAAGUUUACCUAAAGGGUUCCCCCGCCCUUAAAAGGCGUAACAAAUGCAAAAUUUCCCCGACAUUCCCUCAGUACAUUCUGUGUCUUUGUAUCGGCAGUUCUGUGUUCUCUUCUAGAAAAAUGUUGCCGAAUAAAAUCUGUAUAUUGAAAUG